UAACAAAAUUAAUUGAGAUCCCAUUCUCAAUCAAUCUAAAUCAAAAGCAAAACAGCUCAGAACUUGAAGAAGAAGAAGAAGAAGAAGAAGAAGAAAGCUCAGAAAUCGAAGAAAGAAGAUGAAUUUCUCUAAACUUAUGGCUUCUCUUCCUCUUCUUCUUCUUCUUGCUUUCGUCUCAUUCUCAAGCCCUCUCGUCUCUGCUCAAAAAACUCUCACCGCCUACGAUAUUCUCCAACAGUACGGCUUCCCCGUCGGCAUUCUUCCCGUCGGCGUAAACGGCUACGAAUUGAACAGAGCCACCGGAGAAUUUAGCCUUUUCUUGAAUCAGAAGUGCAAAUUCAAGAUCGAAUCGUAUGAAUUGGAGUACAAAUCUACCGUCCAGGGCGUGAUUUCCCAAGGUAGAAUCAGGAAACUGAAAGGUGUUUCUGUUAAGAUCGUCCUACUGUGGCUCAGCAUCGUGGAAGUCGUUAACGAUGGUGACGACCUCCAAUUCUCUGUCGGAAUUGCCUCUGCCAAUUUUCCGCUUGACAGUUUCUAUGAGUCGCCACGGUGUGGAUGUGGAUUUGACUGCGAUAAGGCUGGGAGCUUGGUUUCGGCUUCGUGAAAUUAGGUAAAAUUUUGUGUUUAAUAUAAUAAAUUAGGGAACAUUAGGUUUUGAAUCGCUUUUAUUACUUCAAACUAGAAAUGUUCUGUUGCUUUGAACUUAAUUUAUGUGCGAUUUCGGAGAUCGGAUUAGCUCAAUCGUUACAUUCAAUUGUAUUGUUCUGUAACUGGAAUCUGCUUCUGCUCGUCUCAUAUACACUUGAUUAUAUAUUUAUAAUAUGAACAAUUCUGUCUAUUAAGUAAUCAAUAUGAUCAAUCGCCUUAUCA